ACUCCCCACCCCCACAAAAUAUGGUUGAUCAAAAGGACACUUCCUUCACCAGUUUCAAAUUUCCCUGAAGAAAACAUGAACAACACGGCGGCUCCGGCGGCUGAUUCCGGUGGCUUCCUUGGAUCACAAAACAUCGGUGGAUUCGGGUACGGUAUUGGAAUCUCAUUCGGCAUACUUCUACUCAUCAUCACCAUCACCUUGGCAUCUUAUUAUUGUACUAGAAGUGCACAAUCAUCAUCACCACCAUCACACCACCGGCGGUGGCGAAGGGAUGGUCAUGGUAGCGCGAUCACAACCCAGCCCGACUCGGCCCAUUGUGUGAUCGACAUGGGCCUUGAUGAGGCCACCCUCUUGAGCUACCCGGUUGUGACUUAUUCGGAUGUCAAGAUCAAAAGAAAGGAGAGAAAGGACUCGUGUUGUUCGAUUUGUUUGGCGGAUUAUAAGGGGAAAGAUUUGCUUAGAGAGCUUCCGGAUUGCGGGCAUCUUUUUCAUGUGAAAUGUGUUGAUCCGUGGCUUCGGUUGAACCCGACAUGUCCAAAUUGUCGAACAUCCCCGUUGCCAACGCCACUCUCGACCCCGUUGGCAGAGGUUGUCCCGCUCACUGGAAGGCGAGACUGAUUCAUUUUGAUAUGAAUCAGUUAUGUUAAUCUGACUACAUUAGUCAGAUUAACACAUUUGUAAGACGGGACUGAUUCAUUUUGAAUCUGAAUCAAUCAUGUUAAUCCGACUGCAUAGUCGUCGGAUUAACACAUUUGUAUAGCAUUUUGGCAUUAUGUUUUGAAUUAUUUUUCAUUUUAUACUAUGUAUAUUAGAACAAUUAUUCAAACAUGAUCACAAGUCAUAUAUUUUAACUUUUGUCAUGUA